UGGUAGAGCUUUUCUCUUCCUCUUCACCCCUUUCASAGCYSGAAAAUGCUGGACACCAUCAGCAGCCAGUACGACUCGUUCAUCUACUGGAGGAUGCCGAUUCCUCGGCUGGACGUGGCGGAGCUGGAGGGGCUGGGGCUCGCAGACAUGGCUCUCUACAAGCCCAAAGGAGCGCUGGCCAAGCUGGGCGAGCUGGGCAACCACGACCUGUCCCAGGAAGAGGACAGUCUGCUGCAGUUCAACAGCUUUAACUUCUGGCGAGCUCCCAUCGCCAGCAUCAGCUCUUUAGAUUUUGAUUUAAUUUGAAGCCUCUCCCAAGCCCUCCUCACCCCCCUCCCAGCUCUCUCCCUUUCCAGGCAUGCCAGGAUUUGGUUUUGUUGUCAGUUUUGGAGGUUGUUGGGUUGGGUUUUUCUUGGUUUCUGGGCAGUUUUGCCGUUGCUAAUUCGCUCAGCAGUUCACCGUGGCCUUGAUGGUGAAAAUCUCCAACCCCUCUCCGCCUUCUCCCCCUUUCCCUCCCGGAAUCACAACGGUGCAAGUGGGGAAAAAAAAAAGGGGAGGAGAUGGAAACAACUCCCCUAUUGCCCCUCUCCAUUUCCAGAGCGUGUGGAGAUGCCACCCCCUCAUGUCAGUGUGACUGUGUGACAAUUUUGCAGCUCAUUUCUCAUUUGCUUUUUAAAGAAACUCAUUUGUGCAAACAGGGCACCAGAGGAGCAAUGGGAAUCGCCCUCGUUUUUCAGAAAAACAUCGACCCUCUGCACUCUCCUGGCCCAAUUUCUCCAAAAUCUGCUUCAUCCCUUAACCUUCCCCUGAGGAAUGCAAGGUGGAAGAGGCAGGGAUGUGCCCAGUGUAUCAGAACAAACCUUUUUCUUGAGGAAAAAAAAUCACUCUGAGCCUUGUG